AUGGUUCGACAUAAAAAAGACAAUUUUGGGAAAAGAGGGAAAAGUAAUACCUACUCACAGCCUCGCCAACGAUUCUCACGGGAUCCCGCUGCUGGUGACUACAACGACCCGGACGCGCCCAAGAAAUUCCCAUUUAAGGCUGCCUGCUGGGACCUAGGCCAUUGUGAUCCAAAGAGGUGUUCCGGGAAGAAGUUGAUGUACCAUGGCGUUAUGCGCGAGCUUCAGAUUGGGCAGAAAUUUGCAGGUGUGGUGAUAUCGCCGAAUGCGAAAUGCACACUUUCCCCUGCCGAUAACGAGUUGAUGGAACAAUAUGGUGCUGCUGUGGUGGAGUGCUCGUGGGGGAGGACGCAGGAAGUCCCCUGGUCGAAAAUCGGCGGUAAAUGCGAGAGAUUGUUGCCAUACCUCGUCGCUGCAAAUUCAGUCAACUACGGACGUCCGUGGAGGCUAAACUGCGCCGAAGCAUUGGCGGCCGCCUACGCUAUAUGUGGUCAUGACGAUUGGGCUGCGGAGGUUCUAAAGAAAUUUUCGUAUGGGAAAGCGUUUUUGGAAAUCAACUCGCAGCUGUUUAAAAGGUAUGCUGCGUGUAAAACGGAGGAGGAUGUGAAAAAUGCGCAAGAACUUUGGCUGGAGAAGAUUGAGAGGGAGUAUUCUGCAAACCGGGCAGAGGGGGGAAAGGAAGAUAUGUGGUCUGUUGGGAAUACAAAUAGGAGGGAUAUGCCUGACUCGGAGGAGGAGGAUGGUGAGGGUUCUGGAGAAGAAGAUGGGGAAGGGGAAGAGGAAGCCAGGAAUUCUACGAGGAACCCAUACAUGCUACCUGAGGAAUCAGACGAUGAGGAAGAAAUGGCUGAGUUACGGCGGAGAGUGCUGAACUCGAAGCCGUUUACGAAUAUUAUGACAGAUGAGGAUGGUUCGAAGCCGCAGAUUGAGAAAACUACACGGCUAGUUGCGGAAAUAGACGCGGGCCCAACACGGCGUCUAUAUGAUGAUGAUGAUGAUGACCGUACUAACGAUGACGACAAGGACGACGAUGACAGUAACGAAGACAAGGCUUUUGACGAGAUCAUCAAUGCCACCACUGUUACGGACCGGACGGGGAUUCUUGCGAAACAACGGAGAUAA